UUCGAUGCCGGAAGUACACAAACACAGGGCGCUCACGUUGCUUUUCUGCAAUGGACACCGUACAUGCUCGUUUCAAAGACAAAAUAGGUGAAGUACUUUUACCCGGAGAUGUGUUUUCAUUCAGAUUGCCUGAGGAUGGACAUGGUGAUGGUAAUAUCAAAACCGAAAAGAUAAUAUGCGGUCCAGGGCUCCGGAGAAACGGAGAGGAAGUUCAAGUGUGUAAAAGUGGAAUUUUGCGCCACAAACAGCCAAAUCUGUAUUGGAUAGACUCUCAGCAGAGACGGUAUGUACCAGCCAAGGGUGAAAGUGUGAUUGGUAUUGUGACUGCAAAGUCUGGAGAUAUCUUUAAAGUGGACGUGGGAGGAAGUGAGCAAGCAUCUCUCUCGUACCUUGCAUUCGAGGGAGCUACCAAGAGGAACAGGCCUAAUGUGCAGGUUGGAGAUCUGGUGUAUAGCCAGUUCACAAUUGCAAACAAGGAUAUGGAACCCGAGCUGGUGUGUAUAGACAGCUGUGGCAGGGCCAACGGGAUGGGGGUGUUUGGAGCUGAUGGGCUGCUCUUUAAAGUAUCUCUGGGACUAGUGCGCAGACUUCUGGCUCCUCAGAGUGAAAUAGUGAAGGACCUGGAGAAGAUUUUCCCCUUUGAGCUGGUUGUUGGAAUGAAUGGCAGAGUGUGGGUGAAAGCAAAGACAGUUCAGCAGACGCUGAUAGUGGCCAAUCUUCUGGAGACAUGUGAGAACAUGACCUCUCAACAGAGACAGACGCUAUUCAGGAGAGUGGCAGAAGGCUCCCUCUAGAGGACAUAUGAAAGAUCACUUUUCCCACAAUACAACUGGUGCCACAGAUGCUUAAAGGGUUAGUUCACCCAAAAAUGUUAAUUCUGUCAUCCUGAAUGAGUUUCUUUCUUCCUUUGAACACAAAAGAAGAUAUUUUGAAGAAUGUUGGUAACCAGACAGUUGAUGGU